AUGGCGGAUACAAUGCCGCCUCCGACCGAUAAUACUAUUUCAACGCCUUUGGGCGACGCUUCUUGGAAUCCAGCCUUGAGGCCCGAAGAUUCGUCCGAUUUCCCCUCAAAACAAUCGCGGUCUCAGAACGAAGGGGAACUCUUCUCUGAUGUGCAGAAUGAAAACGAUGGCCCUGAACAGGACUUUUCGUCUCUCCUUCAACAAAAUGAUGGAGAGCCUUCAGAACCCGAACAGGUCGCGACCGUCGCUCAGCCAAGUAUAACUGUCGAGACAUCAGAGUCACUUAACAAAGCGGAACCACAGGACAUCAACUGGGGUGAAGACGCAGAGGCCCCCUGGGAUGUUUCUUCACCCAAAGACCCUUUUAAUCGCGAAGACAUCGUUGGGCGCACCAAUUCAUUCCCACCAGUCGAAAACAACACAGAACUCGAUGGCGGCGAUUCAGCAUUAAAUCAGGUCGAGAAUGAGGCAGAAGCCGAAACACAGCAACUCCCAGAAUUGCUUGAAGACGCUAAUCAAGUUAACAUUGACUCUUGGGAUAUCGAUGCGGGGGACGAUGAAUCUGGGUUUUUUGAUCAAUUAAAAACGCAAACAAAACCUAUAUAUGAUGUGCCACCGGAAGCAGAGUCUCGAUUCGAAGAAGGCGUUCCUUUGGUUCCUGAGAGCGAUUUGGACUCGCAAUCAGAGCCAACUGCGGAACCAGCGACCAAGACCGACCAGCAUCUUGAGAAUCUCUUCGAAGCCGAUGAUGAAGGUGAAGAUGGAGAUGAUUUCUUCAAAUCCACUGGUUCUGAGACGGUAGCGAACCAUGAGAAACCUACGAUCACUAGGAAAAGCACACAUGAAGUUAUAAGCACUCUCAGUUCUGGCGCGAUCGACUCUCCCAUCGAAGAAUCUCCCGCGGAUGCAAAAUUUGGCGAUACAGUAAUAAAUGAGGAAGAGGAAGAUCUUGCAGCAAGGUGGGAGGCAGAAUUGGAUGAUGAUGACGAAUUGCUCCUGGCAGAGGACACAACAACGGAAACCCAGGAAGCACCCGCAUCUGUUCAAUCAAGUGCCGCUCCGGUGUUGGAACAGCGGCCUCAAACGGCGCCAUAUCAAGCAGCAGUCCCAAUGAACCCAUAUGCACCGCAUCAGCCAUCCUCAUCGGAAUUACUACAGGGAAUACCCAAUCCAUACGCAUCGACUGCAAGCUUACCUGCAACCCCAUUCGCAACGCCUUUCGCCACUCCAUUCGCGCCGCCCCAAGCUCAAACACAGUCGCAAGGCAAGGCCCAUAGCUUUGCGGCCCAGUCUAGGGAAGGAUAUCAGUCUCCUUACGACUUACCGGACACCCUCUCUCGUCCGCGACGACCAGCAUUACGAAAAGUGGCCCCUCCAACAAACGGGGUUCCUAACCCAGUGCCUCCACGGAGUAGCAGUAUUCCUGCACCUGCACCUCCACCCCCAGCUAUGGCUUCAAGCCUACCUGAUCUUGAUCAAAGGCCGCCACCAAGCAACGAAGGCCACGCUAGUAAAAGCUUCUUCGAAGAACUGCCUGCGCCACCACCAAGAGCUCGCCCGGGAAGCCGCGGUGGAAGAUAUACGCCUCAACCAGCACCGGUUUUGAACGCUCCAGCUCAAUCAAUGGCACCGCCGCCUGUGCCUCCAGUGCCUACUGUACCUUCUGCUGAGCCCGUGGCAGACAAUGUUUACCAAGCACAGCUUCAGGCCCCUGAUCGAAUGGACCCGUAUGCGAACCUAAGUGUUCCUUCGGUUCCUGUUGGUCCGGGGACCGGUCCUCGAUACUCUCCAAAACCACCGGGUGGUGCGAUUGCGGGCAAACCUUCAGUGUCGCCGCGGUACUCCCCAGCGCCCCCUCCUUCGCAAGCAUCGUUGCCUGGCCGACCUCGAUAUGUUUCUCAGCCUGCAAAUCUUCCGUUCCAGCCGCGUACAUCCAGUCCAUUGGCUCACCACGAGAAAACCGCCUAUGAGGGGCAUCCGCAUGAACGGCCAUACACAUCACCAGGACCAACCUCACACCCAAACCCAGUUUUACAACCUGGAAGCCAGCAGCUACCAUCGGUUCCUACUCAGCUAGCUCACUCCGCCCCGUACUCGAUGCCAGAUUCAAAUACCUCUCAACCACACAGCCCUCCGAAGAACCCAUUUGCUCAUGUUGCAUCUGUUAGUGAACCCUCUCAACGCCCAUCGACUGAGACACCAUACCUACCUGUUGGGGGUGCUUAUCAGCCCAAUAUAUCAUCUCCUCCAAAUGAUAUUCAAUUCGCACCACCCAGGAGGUCUCAAACGCAGUCCCCUGGAAAACAGUCAUCUGGACCUAUCCUAACCCAGACAGCGAUCGAAGCUUAUCCACGGCCCGCUUCUGUUCAUGCACCCAGCUCUCCAACGAAAACAAUAAACCCUUACACAGUUACGCAGGUUGUACCAUCUUCCAGACAGAAUCUAGAUCUUCCAUUUGUGGAACCUAGUGAUGGCCAAGAAUUGGACCCAUUGCAGCGUUGGCGCGGAGCUCCCAUAUUCAAGUUUGGGUUUGGGGGUGUAGUGUCAUCGUGCUUCCCUCAACACAUUCCGCGGUAUUCCGCCGGUCAAAUGACACCGAUGAUAAAGCCUGCCCCCGGAGAACCUAGGAUUCGCCAGUUCAAAGAUAUCGUUCCUUUUGACGGAGAUAUUGUACGCUACCCCGGUCCUUUGAAGACGAAAUCAAAGAAGAAAGAUGUGGUGGCCUGGCUAUCUAGCAGGAUCGCAGCUUUGGAAAACGAAGGCGUUCCUCUCUCACUACAGUCGGAACCGGACGGUUUCAAAAGACACGAAGAAAAAGUUGUCUUGUGGAAAUUGAUUAGGGUGCUAGUUGAGAACGACGGAUCACUAGACAAAUCAGCAGAUAUCCAGAAGUCAAUACAAAACAUUGUAUCACCAGGUUUAGAGCUUGAUAGCUCUAAUAUCUCUUUUGACGCUGGUGCAGGCUCUGGAAUUUACCAAUCCAGUAGUACUUCUGUACAAGCAGAGGCUGUCGAUUCCGAUCUUCUUCAGUCUAUAAAGAAAGAUCUACUUGUUGGAGACCGUGAGAAAGCUGUAUGGCAAGCUGUCGAUAGUCGACUGUGGGGACAUGCGAUGAUUAUGUCGUCAGCACUAGACAAGACUCUAUGGAAGCAAGUGGUUCAGGAAUUUGUCAAGAGAGAGGUUCGCUCUGCAGGAGAAAACACCGAAUCUUUGGCUGCUUUGUAUGCGGUUCUCUCCGGAAAUAUCGAAGAGAGUGUUGAUGAACUUGUUCCUCAAUCUGCGAGACUUGGAUUGCAAAUGAUCAGCAAAGGUGGCCAAGGGUCGACUAGAAAUUCACUUGAUGGCCUAGAUAGAUGGCGGGAAACCCUCGGUCUCGUCUUGAAUAAUCGCACCACGGACGAUCAUCGCGCACUUUUAUCCAUGGGGCAGCUAUUAGCAUCCUACAAUCGCACAGAAGCCUCCCAUAUCUGUUACCUGUUUGCUAGGGCCUUCUCGCAGAAUGGCGUUUUUGGUGGCUUCGAUGAUUCCCAGACCAAUGUCGUUCUCCUAGGCACGGAUCAUCGAAUAUACCCGACUACUUUCUUCCGUGAUGAAGAUGCCAUAGCAUUGACAGAAGUAUAUGAGUUCGCAACGUGUACCCUGGCGGGCAACCAAGCAGCCGCUCUUCCAUAUUUGCAACCAUUCAAACUGCAUCAUGCAUAUGCGUUGGCAGAGCAAGGCUUGAGAAGCGACGCUCAACAGUACUGUGAAACCAUUGGCACAACCAUCAAGUCUAACACCAAACCUUCGCCGUAUUUUCAUCAGCGAUUAUUCGCUGAAAUAGACGAGCUUGCAAAUAGACUGAGACAAGCUCCUAACGAUGGAAGUUCAUCAUGGAUGUCUAAGCCUAGCAUGGAAAAGGUCUCUGGAUCUAUGUGGGCGAAAUUCAGCAGCUUCGUUGCUGGUGAUGAAAGUGACGCUGCUUCCAAUGCCUCAGCCAUGGACGCGGAUGUUGGUCCUUUUGCAAAAAUCACAGGAACACCUACUGUUAGCCGGUCACCUUCCGUAUCCGACCUCUAUGGCUCAUACCCGGUGCCUCAGGGGGCCUCGAAUAAUGCCUCGUCUCGCUAUGCACCCGGAAGUCAAUAUGCUCCUGGAUCGUCUCCUGAACAAAACCGUGGGCGAAGUUCCAUGGAUUCUCAGAGAUCGCCAUCUCUUGGCGGCAACUUUCCUCAGAGGCGAGGGUCUCAAGAGCCGGCGACUCCUGUUGAAAGCAGUUCUCAUAUCCAAGGGCAGUCUAGUUUUUAUGGCUCGCCAUCCUCAUACCCAUACCACUCCACCCCCCCGCAAUCCUCUUAUAUGCCACUUGCUCCUGUUGAUGAGAACCCACCCAGCCAGCCGCAACAGCCUUUCCCCACUGCAGCUCAGCAGUCAGCACUUACCAGCGGAUUACAAGCUGCAUCAGUGACGUUCGGACAGCCUAUCGAGGAGUUGAAGAAUGCUGCGGCAGAAGUACCUCACUAUGGUGGCUAUGAGCCCCCGGCUGCCUCUUCUUACGAACCGCCCUCAUAUCAACCAGACCUAUCGGUUACAGCAGAUAUUCCCGAGGCCGAAGCUGAGGAGGAAAACAAGCCAAAAAAGAAGUCUUACUUUGAUGAUGAAGACGACGAUAACCUCGCUUCCCGUGCAUCAUCAAUCAAGAAUUCCGAGAAGGCGAAACAUGAUAAAGAAGCUGACGACGCAUUUCGUAAAGCUGCCGAGGCAGAUGCACAAAAGCCAGCAGCUGCCAAGAAAGGUUGGUUUGGAGGUUGGUGGGGAGGCAAGAAAGAGGGCGAUACAUCUGGUGGGCCGAUCAGAGCUAAACUGGGCGAAGAAAACUCAUUUUUCUAUGAUCCCGAGCUCAAGAAAUGGGUUAACAAAAAGGAUCCGAACAGUGCAACUGCCACUGCUCGAGCUACUCCUCCGCCCCCAAAGGGCCCUAUGCCGCAAAGUAGGUCUGCUAGUGCUGGUAGCGCAUCCUCUGUGCCACCCAUGUUACAGCGCCCGCCGUCAAUGUCAGAGCUAGGAACGUCGAUGGACAGUCGCCCAUCUACUGGCAGCGGCGCACCGCCAUUCGCCGGAAGUCCUGGGUUCGGAGGGUCUCUAGGUGUCCCUGUUCCUGGUGGCCCGAAUGGGUUUCCCCGUGCUGCCUCGACAGGCCCUGCUCCCACCCCACCAGGUUCCAGUUCUGGGCUAGCACCACCGGCCAGGCCGUCAACAUCUCUAAGCACCGCCAGCUCUAUUGAUGAUCUGCUUGGGGCUCCCCAGGCGCGCAAGGGAGGCACCCUCAAGAGCAAAAAGAAAGGCCGAGGAUAUGUCGACGUGAUGGCGAAGUGA